AUGUCCUGGCUCCUCAAAAGAUGGCUUCUUCCGGAGGGAGCACCAUCCUCAUCUUCUCCAACCGCGCCGACGACCGACAAUAACACCACGCCCCAACAACCGCCAUCGCAACAAGCUACUGUCGCAAAUCCUACGCCUACUCCGAAAGAACCACCCCUAAUCCCCAACAACGCCAAACUCCUCCUCAGCGGGCUAAUUUUCUUCUCCUUCUCCGCCCUGAUAACCCGUCGCGCCCUACUCCGCAAACACCUCGCAACCGUUCCACCUUUUUACACAACAUCCAUGUUCCACAAACCCUCCAUAAGCGGCGGCCAAGACGCCUUCGAAGCACUCAACAUUGCAACCAUAAACACCGUAUCGAUAGCAAUGAUUCUCGCCGGCGCAACGUUUUGCGUCAUGGAUAUCGAUUCAGUGGAAACCGCGCGGAAACGGUAUCGCGAAAAGAUGGGGUUGGAGGGGAGUCUUAAACCCGGCACAAAACCGUCGAAGGAGGAAGAGGAGCAGUUUGAGAGGGAUAUGGAGGAGUGGCUGGGAAGCGUGUUUGAGAAGAAGGAUUUGGGCGAGGUGAGGAGGAGGGUGGAGGAGGCGAGGCAGAAGGAUAAGGAGAAGGCGGAGCAGAGGGGUAGGAAGACGGAGUAA